AACCCUUCUUUGUCUCUAGAACGCAGCAGAAUUAAAAGGAAAGCCAAGCAACCGAGUUGCAGUCCCAGUUGUGUUCCAACCAUGUUAGUGUUGUUCGAAACUCCUGCGGGUUUUGCCCUUUUCAAAGUAUUGGAUGAGGGGAAGCUCUCUAAAGUUGAGGGCUUGUGCCAAGAGUUUAACAGCCCGGAGUCAGCCAGAAAGGUAGUCAAGCUGAAAGCAUUUUCGAAGUUCGAAAAUACAUCAGAAGCUUUGCAAGCAGCGACCUGUAUAUUGGAUAGUAAACCCAGCAAAGAUCUUCGGAAGUUCUUGCGUGCCCAUUGUGAUGGUGAGACUUUAGGUGUGGCUGAUUCCAAGCUUGGCAAUGCAAUCAAGGAAAAACUGAAAAUAGAAUGCGUUCACAACAAUACCGUGAUGGAGUUGAUGAGAGGCGUAAGGAGUCAUUUGACCGAACUCAUAUCUGGUCUAGCUGUUCAAGAUCUGCAACCAAUGAGCUUGGGUUUGUCUCAUAGUUUUUCUAGAUACAAGCUCAAGUUCAGUGCUGACAAGGUGGAUACAAUGAUCAUUCAGGCUAUUGGUUUGCUUGAUGAUCUUGAUAAAGAGCUUAAUACAUAUGCCAUGAGAGUUCGGGAAUGGUAUGGUUGGCAUUUUCCCGAGCUUGCCAAGAUUAUUCAGGACAAUAUCCAAUAUGCCAAGGCAGUGAAGAUGAUGGGUAACCGUACUAAUGCUGCAAAGCUUGACUUUUCUGAGAUAUUACCUGAAGAAAUUGAAACAGAAUUGAAAGAGGCAGCUAUGAUUUCUAUGGGAACUGAAGUUAGUGAUCUUGAUUUGAUAAAUAUUAAAGAGCUAUGUGAUCAGGUUUUGUCGCUUGCUGAGUACAGAGCUCAGUUAUAUGAUUAUCUAAAAAGCAGAAUGAACACAGUUGCACCAAAUUUGACUGCACUUGUUGGAGAGCUUGUUGGUGCUCGUCUGAUUGCCCAUGGAGGCAGCUUGUUGAAUCUUGCGAAGCAGCCUGGUAGCACUGUUCAGAUUCUUGGUGCAGAAAAGGCUCUCUUCAGAGCUCUGAAGACUAAGCAUGCGACUCCCAAGUAUGGGCUAAUCUACCACGCAUCCUUGAUUGGUCAGGCGGCUCCAAAGCAUAAGGGAAAAAUUUCUCGGUCACUUGCUGCAAAAACUGCUUUGGCAAUUCGAUGUGAUGCUCUUGGAGAUGGUGAAGAUAACUCUAUGGGACUUGAGAACCGAGCCAAGCUGGAAGCACGGUUAAGGAAUCUUGAAGGGAAAGAAUUGGGUCGUGCUGCUGGGUCAGCUAAAGGAAAGCCUAAGAUUGAAGUUUAUGAUAAAGACCGGAAGAAGGGACCUGGGGCGAUGAUAACUUCUGCAAAGACAUAUAACCCUUCAGCAGAUUCCAUUCUUGGUUUGAUGGCAAAUGCUGAAGAAAAACCAGUUGAGGAGGUUGAUGUUGGUGAAGAGAAGAAGAAGAAGAAAAAGAAGAAGAGUGAGGAGAAUGGCAAUGCUGAAGCAGAAGGUGAAGAGUCAGUAAAAAAAGAAAAGAAGAAGAAGAAAAAGCAGGCAUCUGAGGAUGACGGUGUAAACGAUGAAGUAGGAGAGAAAAAGAAAAAGAAGAGAAAGCAUUCUGAAGAAAAUGAAGAAGAAUCAGAAGUGGCGAGUAAGAAGGAGAAGAAGAAGAAGAAGAAGAAGAAAAGUGAGGAUUGAUACGUUUCUGAAGAGGAGUUGUGGCAACUGGGAACCCUACAAUUUUGGAAGAAAACGCAACAACUUUCGUAAUUCCAUAUGUAAAAUUUGGUUUCUUUAUAAUUUUAAAUCAAUUUUUCAACGUAGUCCUUUUAGUUUUCUCUUUUUGUAGUGUAUUUUGCCAAGUACUAAUGCAUAAGGUUUGGUUGGAAGCA